AUGGACUCGUCUCGAAAUGACGGCGUUUACCAACACCUUCUCCAACCUCACCCCGAUGCAGCAUCACAUCCUUCUCCGUCGACGGAAUCGAGCAACGGCGAGCUAGAGAGAGUCCUUUCCGACGUGGAAACUCCUCUGUUUCCCCGCCUACGUAAAGCCACGAUGAUCGAGUCAAAGAUGCUUAUCAAGCUCGCUGCGCCUACCGUCACGGUCUACAUGAUAAACUACAUCAUGUCCAUGUCCACUCAGAUCUUCUCCGGCCAUCUCGGAAACCUAGAACUCGCCGCCGCUUCCCUCGGCAACACCGGAAUCCAAGUCUUCGCUUACGGUCUCUUGCUAGGGAUGGGGAGUGCGGUGGAGACGCUGUGUGGACAAGCGUACGGAGGAGGCAAAUACGAUAUGCUCGGCGUUUAUCUCCAGAGAUCCACCAUACUGCUCUCUCUCACCGGCAUCCUCCUCACGUUAAUCUACGUUUUCUCAGAGCAGAUUUUGCUUUUCCUGGGGGAGUCGCCGGAAAUAGCUUCCGCCGCGUCUCUCUUCGUCUACGGUUUAAUCCCGCAAAUCUUCGCCUACGCAGCGAAUUUUCCGAUCCAGAAGUUCCUCCAGGCGCAAAGCAUCGUUGCUCCGAGCGCUUACAUAGCAACCGCCACUCUAUUCGUCCACCUUCUCCUAAGCUGGCUCGCGGUUUACAAGCUCGGUAUGGGGCUGCUGGGAGCGUCGCUCGUGCUCAGUCUCUCGUGGUGGAUUGUAGUGGUGGCUCAAUUCCUUUACAUCGUGAUGAGUGAGAGGUGUCGUGAUACGUGGAGAGGAUUCAGUGUGCAAGCGUUCUCGGGGCUACCGAGUUUCUUUAGACUCUCCGCCGCCUCCGCCGUGAUGCUCUGCCUUGAGACUUGGUAUUUUCAGGUCCUCGUUUUACUCGCCGGACUUCUUGAGAAUCCGGAGCUUGCUCUCGAUUCCCUCUCCAUUUGCAUGACGAUUUCAGGAUGGGUGUUCAUGAUAUCAGUUGGAUUCAAUGCAGCAAUAAGUGUAAGAGUGAGCAAUGAACUUGGAGCUAGGAACCCUAAAUCAGCAGCGUUUUCUGUAAUCAUCGUCAACAUUUAUUCUUUAAUCACAAGCAUAAUCUUAGCCAUCGUUGUUUUGGUGUGUCGUAACGUUUUGAGCUAUAUCUUCACCGAUGGUGAAAAAGUUGCGACUGCUGUUUCUGACCUUUGUCCACUUCUUGCCGUAACGCUUGUUCUAAAUGGAAUCCAACCCGUCCUCUCAGGUGUGGCGGUUGGAUGCGGUUGGCAAACAUUUGUGGCGAAAGUUAACGUUGCAUGUUACUACAUUAUUGGAGUUCCUCUUGGGGCUCUCUUUGGGUUUUAUUUCAAUUUUGGUGCCAAGGGUAUAUGGACGGGGAUGAUAUGUGGUACGCUUAUACAAACGGUUAUUUUGGCGUGGGUCACGUUUAGAACAGAUUGGGUAAAAGAAGUGGAAGAAGCUUCCAAAAGGUUGGACAAAUGGAGCGACAAAAAACAAGAUGUGGUUUCUGAAUGA